AUGGAGCUCCAACUCUGGGAUGCUUUUCGAGAAACCUUGCCCCCCGCGGAGCACAUGGACGAGAUUCGUGGCAAGAACAAAGCUCUUCGACAUCCAGGAACAUGUAGCUGGGUCUUUGAAGAUGAAGCAUAUCUUCGAUGGGAAAAUGAGACCAACACAACUCUUUUCUGCGUUGGUCCGCCGGGUGUGGGCAAGUCUGUUCUAGCUACCGCCGUGAUUGAUGAGUUGAAAAAGUCAGAGAGUCUGGUCCUCUUCUUGUUUUGCGAGAACGAUACCCAGCAAAUGGAUUAUCUCACAGGCUCUCUAAUCCGGCAAUUACUCGCGCAAGUUGAUUCCGAGAAAGAUCUGGGGUUACUCGACAACGUCGGACGCAACAUUGGUCAGACAGUUCUGAGGACACUGCUGUGUCACCGCAGUACCAGCCGUAACCCCGGUAGAGCAAGUGUCUCGCUUGUCUUUGAUGGACUUGACAGAAUCGAUCUCGAAGUGUCUCGAAGCCUUUUGGCUUUUUUCAGCAGCCUUCGGGAUGAGAUCGAUAUCAAGAUCUUCGCUACCUCAACCUUUCCCGCCUCUCUGACAGCCGGAGAAGAGUCAGUCACGACCCUGCCAAUGCUGGCUUCAAACGCAGACUUGACUGAAUACAUCACCUACCAUGUAACCCCGCCGGGGUCGCUCUCUCGCCCAGAGCACACCAAGUUCUAUGACGACAUCGUAGAAGCAACGGAAGGGAUAUUUCAUGUGGCGAGUCGUAUCGUCGAGAUUCUUUCGCCAAUGCGUACGAAAUUCGAGUUUCAACAAUUCUUGAGACAUUGGACCCAGGAGUAUCGACACUUGGAUCAUGUUUUCAACGAUCUGAUCAAACCACGCACAAAGCGGCUUCAGUCAGGUCUCGCUCCCAAUGUAAUCAACUGGUUGACGUUCUCCCACCGUACACUUACAACACUGGAGCUUCGGCACGCUCUGGUAGCAGACAUCUCAGAGUACUUGCGGGCUCCUCCGGAGCUCGAUGAGAUUACUCUUGCAUUGCAUGGAAUCGUGAUGAUCGAGAAUGAGCCGGGAUGGCAGUCGAUUCGAUUCUUCCACAGUGCUCUUCACGCUUACUUCCGGCACAAAAGAGACAACGAGGCCUUCAAGAUCCAAGACAAAAUUGUUAGCUACUGUCUGAGACAGCUAUCAAGAGUGUCUUCCAGUGAUGGCUUCUGCGAGUCGGACGAAGACUUUGAAGAGAGAUUGCGCCACAACCCCUUCUUCCUCUACGCCGCCUGUCACUGGGGGUAUCAUACCCAGGCAUGUUCUGAGCCUGUUCCAGCCGCCCUAAGGUUUCUAGACAAUCACGCCAGCGUUGAGAUGUCAAGCCAGGCGAUUUUCAUUGAGAAAGCCUCAUCAGACGCAGCUGGAUACACGCGGCGGGUUCCUCGACACGUCACAGGGUUGCAUCUAGCUGCGUACUUUGGAAUGCAUGGUGCUGCUGAAGAGCUCCUCAACGAAGGAGCGUCACUGAGCUCUGUUGACACACAAGGCCAAACCCCGCUUUGGUGGGCUGCUCGGUUCGGACAGGAUAAGAUUGUCAGACUGUUCUGCCGGAGUGAUACAACCACCCUCUCGCUUCUAAUGAUGGCUAAAGAGACGAAUCUGAUCAGGAUCUUGCUCCGUGCCAAAUAUAAAGUCAACACCCCUGAUGCCUCACAUGAUACUCCAUUGCAUCAUGCCGUACGACGGGGUCUCGUUGAGACUGUAGGCGAUCUUUUAUCCGCCGCGGCCAACACCAACAUGCAAAACAUGGGAGGUGAAACCCCCCUCGGCAUAGCACUCAACAAUAGCAACCAGGAAAUCAUUCACCUCCUCAUUGGGAAAGGCGCGUAUACCGAUUUUGUGAAUACUGCCAAGUUCCGCAAGGCAUUUCAUUGGCAAGAUGACCAGACACUAGAGAUCUUCCGAGAUGACAGGACUACCGUUCUACGAUUGAAGCCUUCCGAAAGACGCCACUUUGAUGAAUGGGGUCAAUCAGAAAGGUUUUCGUUGCAGCAAAAGGUCCUCCGUGAUAUUCCAUUUCCACCUCAGCUUCGUGAGUCGAUAGACAACCUUCAGAUUGAGGAAUUGAAUCUCGAGAUCAUCGAGUCAAGAGACAACGACAGCCACAUAAACUACUACGUUGAAGCAUUCAUGUGGAACUCCCCAAGUAACGAUGAACCUCUGCCUUGCGAACAGUUGGUGUUGUGCUGGGAUGUCUACCAGGAAAAGCAAACCCAGCAAUGGUAUACCAAGGCCCACUUCACCACUAUGCCACACAUUUGGCUUCCAGAUAAUGGCGCGGUGUUCCUCAGGCAUUUUCUCGUCCAUGUCAAACACACCUGGCUUGCUUACUGCGAGGCCAAUCUCGUGGAUCUACAUCUUCGCAAAAGAAUCAUUGGAUCCAAAGGGGCCGACCCAGAGCUUUUGGACCAUCUCCUGGAGAAUGGUCAAAAGUGGCUCAGUCAUCGGCAUAAGCUCUCCAAGGUCGCUUUGAAGAUCCGAAACUUUGCAAAGGCCUACUGCCUGAAGCACAACGAGACCGGCGACCUCGAAGAGCUCAUAGAGGCGAUUGAUGAGCUCUCUGCUGCGGUCGGUAAGAAGCUCGGUGAGUUGGACGAGAACUCAAGAGAUCUCAUUCAGCUCGAAUGCAAUCUCGUCUCUAUCAAGGAAGCCCGUGAAUCGGUCAAUUCGUCGACAAGCAUGAAGCGACUUAGCUGGAUUACGUUCAUCUUCCUGCCACUCACAUUCAUAGGGACCUUGUUUGGAAUGAACAUAGAUAUUCUAGACGAAACAAAGCCUGCUUGGUGGACUUACAUCCCUUUCGCCGCCGUCACCUCGCUGAUGACGUCUGUUGUGUGGCUUCUCUUCCAGUUCACCGAGGUUGGUAGUCUUACCAUUUCCCUCUCAGUGUACACAGUAAGAGCUGACCAUAAGCGAUGA